ACACUCACUGACGCUUCCUACGCGCCACUCUGCUAAAUACAAUCGCACUGACGAUGUCACCUCGAGUGGUGACGAAACGUUUGCAGUCAAUCUGCCGAGCUCAGCGAACACUCAGUCCACCAACUAAAUCACUUAUACCUCGAAGCUAUUCGAGAUAGUCAUGACUGUCGGGAUCUUUGGACGCUUCUGAGGUAGCUCCGUGGUAAUAGCGUUCUCAGCCAGCGAGGUGAAGUGGACGUGGAUAAACUGAAUUCGGAGUCUAGUUCCUUCUCACAAAGCUCAUCUUUCUUGCUAUCCUUCAUUAACUCAAGCCCAGCCGCGCCCUUCGAUCAAAGCAACGUUCACAAGCAAGUCAAAUGAUUGAACGCAAACAAAGCUUAUGGUCUGGAUGCUCUCUCACCAUUAGCUUUGAAACAGUGUAAUGAUUCCCUCACACUGUUUUUAACAAAGGCCUCGCUACGGGUGUGAUCCCGUUCAUUUGGAGAACGGCCAGUUUCACUCCAGUACCACAAAAUGCAUCUCAGAAGUAUCGCCUACCUGCAUGUACAUCUGUGCCUCCAAAAGUUUUCGAAACACAGCCGCUCCUGAAGAUGAUAUCUACCAGUUUGCCUAUAGAACCUCAGCGCUCCACAUUGGAUGCAGUGGCAUAUAUCAUUCAUUCUUCAGCCUCUGCACUGGAUCGAAAAUGUAAAUGAGUACGGCUUCUCUUCCUGGAUUAGUUGACUGCUCUUAGAAGCCUGGAUAUGUCAAUAUUGCCAUACCUGCUAUCCGAAAAUGGAGUUCACUCUGGUGUGUGUAAUCUGUUCCGUGACUAUUUUACGUAUCGUACUCAAUUCACCAAGUUAAACGCACAUCAAUGACCUUGGUUCAGGCCAUUCACCAUCUUCGGUUUGCUUGCAAGGAUUUAUGGAAAUCCUACCGGAUAUUUACUUGCGCGUUUGGCUACAAAUUUCAUUGUCUAUCGAGACAUGAGGAUUGCCUGAGUUUGGUCCUCAAAAACGGACCAACAUUGAUUGCGCUUAGUGAGAACGGGAGUGUCCCUCACUUGAAUGGAAUGAAACGUCCUUAUCCUCGGACGGAUGGGCCGUUUGAUAUUGCCUUCGAGGUGAAGGAUGUACAUCAAAUAUGUGACCGAGUGCGUCGAAUUAACGGUUCCAGUUACAUCCUAGCGGAACCCGAGGUGCAUGCCGAUCAGAAUGGAUGUGUCACAAUGGCAGUGAUCCGAUCGUGUGUCGGUGAGGUCGUGCACACUCUUUUGGAUACUUCAAACUAUCGCGGAAUGUUUCUGCCAGGCUACGUAUCUCUAGAGUCAAUUUCCCUUGCUGACGUCGCCGAGCAUCUGCAGCAGUCCGCCACCUUACACGCUUCAGUCGACGUUGUUUGCUUGGAUCAUGUCGCGCUGGUAUGUAAUCCUACCGAGCUAGAUCACAUACUACAUUGGUACUCACAAGUAUUUGAGAUGACCCGGGUUACAUGUAACGAAUUUGACGAUGAAAUCGAGGGCGUUGUAAUUCAGUACAACAGAACGGGAAUGCGGCUCAAAACGUUGGACACUGGUGCAAAGCAUAUUGCAGACUCUACAGUUGUCAACCCGGAUACUUGCAAAUUUGUCAUAGCAGAAUCACUGGCCGAGUCUGCGCCUAAUCAAAUCACUCGGUUUUUGGACGUGAACAGUGGCCCAGGUAUCCAACACAUCGCCCUGAGGGUCCCCGAUAUUAUGACCGCUGUGCGGUCGUCACGCAUUGGGGGAGCCCAAUUUGUCGAUACACCUAAGGCGUACUAUGAUGAGCUCUCCAAAUGCAGUGCUUUCAAUGAGACUUUGGUGGAUCUGAACGAGCUACGCGAAUCGGGAGUACUGUUGGAUACCGAGGUCUUGUCUUCGAGUGAAAAUGCUACAAAGCGAUUGGCGUUCCUCCUACAGAUUUUCACUAAACCUCUGUUUGAAGCAGAUGGCUUUUUCUUGGAAAUCAUAGAUAGGCAGGGUGGCGCUUUUGGUUUCGGCGUGCGAAACAUCACUUCUCUUUGGCGUGCUGUCGAGGCAGCUUCCAACACUGCACUCUGCUCCACUGCUGCUUAAACAUGCCUGUAAUUUUGCUCCCAACUCCAAGCCUUCGGCUGAACCGUCUUUCUCCCUCUGUAUUACUUGCUGAAAUCCAUACCCAGUAAGAUAUGAAUGUGCAUCUUCUGAUUUACUGUUUUUUCCCGAAGUUUCGUCUAAACCUAUUCGGUAGGAUUGGCAGGAAGAUCUUCUCCAGCAACUUAAUUUUGUUUUGGGUAGAUUCGUCGCAGGUAGACACAGCCAGACAGCCACCACACAUCCAGGAAAGCGCUAGACGUCCGUUUCGUCCUAUUGGGACUCGUCAGUAGCGCGCACCCGCCGAAUCCUGCUGGUUUUGUACUCACGACUAUACUCUUGCGAGUCAGCGACUUAUUU